UAAUAUAUAUAUACAGACAAAAGGACAAGUCAUGGAUUGGCACAGUGUUGAACUUAGAAAAAUUUAGUUAGUGCGAAGCUGACCAGUUGCUCUGUAUUUUGCAUCCUUCUUUUUUAGUAAUCGUCUUUUAGGAAAGUGAUCAUACCCUUUCUUCUCUCAUCUUCCCAUUCUGCAGUUUCAACAUAUAGCUAGCUAGGUUUCAUAAAACACAAGAAUUUAAAUAAGUUGGAAUGACGGUGGAAGAGUCAGCUCUGCUAGCCGACCAGAAUAAAAGGAGUAGUGGUGGUCCGAGGUUUAACCGCAGAUCAGAUGUUAUUGCUUCAGGUUCACCUUAUCAGAAAGCUGCUGCUUUAGUUGAUCUUGCUGAAGAUGGCGUUGGUCUACCAGAGGAAAUUCUUGAGGGAUCGAGCUUUGAGAAGGCAGCACCAUUGUACUUCAUGUUUACUGAUUUUCACUUAGUGAUUGGGACAUUUAAUUCCCUUGCGCUAGUCAUUCUAAACUUCCUUGAGAGACCACUGUGGUGUUUUAAGCAUUUAGCCGAGUCUUGUAUUAACAGAGACUACUAUUAUCUAGGAGAGCUUCCAUACUUGACUCGUACCGAGUCCCUUAUAUAUGAGGGUGUUACUCUUAUAAUUCUUAUGAUACACAUUUUAUUUCCAAUAUCAUAUGGAGGCUUCCAUCUCUACUGGAAGAGUCUUCUUAACAGAGUGAAGGUCAUUUUGCUGUUUAUCUUGGUUGCAGAUAUUGUCGUCUACAUUGUUUUCCCCGUAAACUACUAUCUUCCAUUCCGCAUUGCACCGUAUCUCAGGGUGGUGUUCUUUAUUUUGAACAAUAGGAACGCAGUACGGGGCGGAUCAUUGGUACCGGACGUGAAUCAAACAGACUUUAUUUCAUGGACUUGCUAAAUCACAUGGACUCACAUCUUGUCUUCCUUCAACAACUUGUCCUUUUACUGAUUCACCAAAUUUAUUACAUAAACGGUUGGGACAUCCCAGUUUGUCAAAACUUCAGAAAAUGGUAUCUAGUUUAUCUCACUUGUCA